CGUUUGUCAGGAGCUACUGGCAACAGACUAAGAUGGUGUGGAACUUGGGAGUUCGAGGCAUAAAAGUGCGACAUAGCGGCAGUAGCGUCGCGAACGAAGCCUAGUAACCUGUCGAAACAGAGGUUGAACCAUACAAACCAGGCAUGGUUCAAAUAAUACUUACCACACUAGAACAGGUUAUUGUUUUGUUAGCUCCAUUUCCCCUUUCGGAACGAGAAAAAUUUCCUAGUUAUUUUUUGGACCCAAGAAUUGGUCAGCGUUCCAGGAAGCGAAUUCGUCUGACUUACAGCUUAAGCGUAUUCUGCUUUGCGGAAGUAAGAGAAUCUGAAGAGGCGCUUUCCUGAAACUUUAAGGAUCUGAUAACUGGGACUCUGCGAAUGGCUUCCACAUCUGACCGGCCAGUAUCAGCAUCUGCAAACGGAAGGAGGGCCUUGUCGACAGUCACUUCGAUUGAGCAUCUGGCGAUAGAGCACCCCAUACUUUGUUCAAUAACUCUUCAACGAGUUGAGGAGGAAUUUGAUUCUGAAGUAGCCAGAAGUCAGCAAAGAUCUGGUGAACACUGGAAGCAACACCCACCUUGUGAAAGAUGCGAGUCUUCCCGUCACUUCUCUGAUCAUGAUCACCGAUCGCCUUUUGUCAUCGGACAGCUUUUUCAUCUCAUCAGAAAUCGACAACACCCACGGUGCCGGUUCUCCACUUCUCAUAGUGAGUUCAGUGUACGAGAGGAAGACUACUCUUCAACAGAAUCAGCUGAAGAUCAGAAAGAAAUGCCAUCCAGUCUGCUCCAAAUUAAAGAGGUCAACCCGGGAAUCCAUCGAAUCCACGCGGGCCAUUGCAGGAAAUGGAAGAAAACAAUGCUCCAGCCUUUAAGGAUGCUCUAAAAUCUGCGGGUUGUACGAGACCCUGAGAGUGAUGAGACAAACGACCAUGUAGAGGUGGGACCCCACCUCUGAGCAAUGAGUGACCAGCGACCUGCAAGGACUCUAAAAAUCAUAUACUGAAAAUCUGGUAGAGAUCUCUCGUGUCUCCGAAUUUGGAGCAUGUUCGAGGACCCUCGCCUUCUGCCGAAACUGAAAUCGUUUCCAUCGGUGAGAGUAGUGCUUGAGAACGUGAGGUGUUUUGGAAUGUUCAGGCUACUCUUUACAGCAUUGGCUCUAUAUUCUCUCGUGAAAGAGCAGCCAAAGGUAACACUCUUUGCAAAUAUAAGAGAGUCGAAAUUUCAGAUGGUCCACAUAACUAAUCAAGCUCUGGUAGUAGACUAGAUCUGAGAACGAACGUUGCUUAUAUCGACCCAUCUGAACGCUAUCGAGUUCAAGAGUAACCAGGUUCCUUCACAACUUGUACUUGAUUUUCUUCUAAACCAGGGGACUGUGCGACACAGCGAGCAACAGAGCUAAGUGGAGCGCCAUACUUAGAACGUGUUUGUCCAGCUGAGCAGAGGAAAGAAUAGCAGACGAGGAUUCUCUAAUUUAUCUUUUGGUUUUUUUUUUUAAAUCUACGAAAAGCUUGGCCAGAAGUCGUCGAAGAC